CCAGGCGGGGCCUGACAGAGGCAAAAGCCGGGAGGGGGAGCGGAAGACGGCCAGGAGGACCCCUGCGCCCUCUCCUCCGCGCCGCCCGCCGGGCUGCCAACCCAGCCACCCUGGGUGCGACGCGGCGCCUUUUCCGCCGCUGGGAGUCGGGCAACAGGGCCCCAGCGCAGCUCGGGAGCCCGCGCACCGAGGCGCUAGGGGCGCCGCGCACUCGAGGGACACGCGCCGCGCCUGGACAGCCCCCGGCGGGCGCCCCCUCGCACCCCCUGCCCCGCGCCGGCCGCGCUCCCCUCCCCCGCGCCUGUGUCCCAGGGGCGCAGGGCCGCGCGUCCAGCCGCAGACCCGCCGGGGGUCCCCGGGGACGCGCCAGCCGAGCAGUGGCUCGACGAUGGAGGAUCCGCAGCGCGCCCGCUCGCACACGGUCACCACCACCGCCAGCUCCUUCGCAGAGAACUUCUCCACCAGCAGCAGCAGCUUCGCCUACGACCGGGAGUUCCUCCGCACCCUGCCCGGCCUCCUCAUCGUGGCCGAGAUCCUGAUUUCCCUGCCUGUAACCGACCCCCUACACCAGUCUGCUCUCAGCACAACAGCCAGAGAUAUCCUGGUUCUGGGGCUGCUGGUAUGGACGCUUAUCGCUGGAACUGAGUACUUCCGGGUCCCCGCAUUUGGCUGGGUCAUGUUUGUAGCUGUAUUUUACUGGGUCCUCACCGUCUUCUUCCUCAUUAUCUACAUAACAAUGACCUACACCAGGAUUCCCCAGGUGCCCUGGACAACAGUGGGCCUGUGCUUUAACGGCAGUGCCUUCGUCUUGUACCUCUCUGCCGCUGUUGUAGAUGCAUCUUCCGUCUCCCCUGAGAGGGACAGUCACAACUUCAACAGCUGGGCGGCCUCAUCGUUCUUUGCCUUCCUGGUCACCAUCUGCUACGCUGGAAAUACAUAUUUCAGUUUUAUAGCAUGGAGAUCCAGGACCAUACAGUGAUUUACCAUUUUGAUAAUUAAAAGGGAAAAAAAGGAAGACUCUCACUGUAAAAACAGCUGUAGGUAUAGUGUAUAUUCCCAGAGAAUUGUAUUUAACUAAUUAAUGUUUUUUAUAUUCUUAAAUUUGCUCACAAAUUGUGGUUUGUCACAAUUAAACUGGAUACUUAUUUGCACAGUGUUGUAGCUUAUAAUGAACUCUUAAGUAUCUUAUUAAUGUAUUAAUGUCUUCAUAGAUCGUAUUUUCUUAGACAAUGUUUAAAUAGAUAAAUUGCUAAUAUCGAGAAUGUAUCAAGUUUGUAAACCUAACUUUUAAGAUGCCAGAUUCUUUUUUGAUUAAAUGUUGCAAAAUCCCAA